AUGUCCACCCGCAUCUUCAAACGCCUUUCCUCCACCUCCUCCGCCACCACAACAUUCACAGCCAAAGCAACCCCCUCCAAAGCGCACCUGCACAAAUCGAUCCCCCCAUCCUCCCUCCCGCACGGCUACACCCUCUCCGGCACGCACGCCGGCAUAAAGAAAAAAGCCGGUGCCCCCGACCUCGCUGUCCUCCUCAGCACCUCCCCGCGCCCCACGAGCGCAGCAGCCGUCUUCACAGCCAACGCCUUCCGCGCCGCGCCCGUCGUCGUCAGCGAACGAGUCCUCGCGCGCACAUCCGGCCGCGCGCGGGCACUCGUCGUAAACUCCGGAUGCGCGAACGCCGUCACGGGCGCCCAAGGACUCAAAGACGCCCAGGCGAUGGUCGACGCCGUGCACGCUCUCCUCCCAUCCCCAUCCCCAUCCUCCGAACCCGACGCACUAGUAAUGUCCACAGGCGUCAUCGGCCAACCGCUCCCCAUCUCCAAAAUCCUCGCCGGCAUCGCCGCCUCGGCACCGCACGCCGGCUCGGGCCCGGACCACUGGGACGCCGUCGCGCGCGCGUUCAUGACGACCGACACGUUCCCGAAGCUGCGCGCGUCGACGUUCGAUAUCGGCGGGGCUACGUUCCGGAUCGCGGGCGUGAGCAAAGGGGCGGGGAUGAUCCACCCCAAACUCGUCGCGCCGAAUCCGAGGAAGAGCGGGCCGUUGCAUGCGACGCUGCUGUGUGUGAUCGCGACGGACGCGCCGGUCUCGCCUGAGGGCUUGCAGGCGGCUUUGCAGCGCGCGAGCGAUAGGUCGUUUAACUCGAUUUCCGUCGACGGCGAUAUGAGCACGAACGAUACCGUCGCGCUGUUUGCCAACGGCGCUGCUGCACCUACGGAUAUGCCCGAGAUCGAGGCUUCUUCCGGAGAGGCGUUCGAGAAGUUCACCGAGGCGCUUACUGGCGUUAUGUCCGAGCUCGCACAGCUUGUUGCAAGGGAUGGAGAGGGCGCGACGAAGUUCGUAACGCUAAGCGUAGAGGGUGGCGCGACGUACGAAGACGCCCACGCCGUCGCGUCACGCGUAGCCACGAGCCCGCUCGUCAAGACCGCUCUGUACGGCGAAGACGCGAACUGGGGACGUGUUCUCGCCGCUACUGGUUCUAUCCCUCUGAGCAAGCCCUUGGACCCCACUCGGGUAUCAGUAUCGCUCGUUCCGGCCGACGGCUCGAAGAACCUGCCGUUGUUGACGAACGGAGAGCCGGAGAAUGUCGAUGAGGUCCGCGCGAAGGAGAUCUUGAGUGAGGAGGAUGUGGAGAUUCGGAUCGAGCUUGGUGCUGGGAGCGAGAGCGCCAAGUUCUGGACUUGCGAUUACAGCUACGAAUACGUGCGCAUCAACGGCGACUACCGUAGCUAG